CUUACCAAGCUAUAAACGACACGUCAGCAUUUUUUUUUUUUGCCUCGUGUAUUCAAAUUUUGAUUUUGUUCGUGAACACGAUUGUGUGCAGUAGUUACACAGUUUCUUGUUUCAUUAUCAGACUGUCAGCUCAACCUCAAAUAGAAGGUCAAUGCCAGUGUGACAAUGGAUGGGUACUCGGUCCAUAAAGUAAUAGGUGAAGGGUCCUUUGGUCGGGCACUACUUGUCCAAUCCAGAAUCAACCGUGAGAACUAUGUCAUGAAAGAGAUCCUACUCCCAAAGACACAAUCCAAGAUGGCGAACACCAGAAGAGAAGCUGUGCUCCUGUCCAGGAUGAAACAUCCCAGCAUAGUGGCCUUCAGGGACUCUUUUGAAGGCGACGGCCACCUCUACAUAGUGAUGGAAUUCUGUGGUGGAGGAGACCUGCUCCAGAGGAUACAACGACAGAGGAACACACUGUUCUCACAGGAAACAAUUCUGAAGUGGUUUGCUCAGAUGUGUUCUGGUACGAUGCACAUCCAUGACAAACGGGUCCUACACAGGGAUCUCAAGUCCAAGAAUAUCUUCCUGACAGACGAUGGCACGGUGAAGCUGGGUGACUUUGGCUCAGCCUGUGUUCUAAACAGUGCGAAGGCCUACGCUCACACAUACGUUGGAACGCCUUACUAUGUGUCUCCAGAGAUCUGGGACAGUAAGCCGUACAACAACAAGAGCGAUGUGUGGUCUCUCGGCUGUGUCCUCUACGAGCUCUGCACCCUGCGACACCCGUUUCAGGCUCCUAGUUGGAAGAGUCUGAUCAUGAAGGUGUGCCGUGGUUCCUACCCUCCUCUUCCCCAACACCUGCCCUAUGAGCUGCACUACCUGGUCAAACAGAUGUUCAAGACCAACCCCAAAGACCGUCCGUCCCUCCACACCAUCCUCACGUCUCACCGCGUAGCCGGUCUCCUGCACCGACACCUGCCCAACAAGGAGUCGGAGAGGAGAACAGGGAGAUGGAGGAGAGAGGAGGGGGAGAAGGUGGCCUCACUCCUAGGGCAGAAGACCCUCAUCACAAGCUCUACCCUGGAGGGUCUGGAGAUCUGUGUGGCCCCUACUGAGGCCCCUACUGAGGCCCCUGCUGAGGCCACUGCUGAGAGCAGCACCAAUAGAGAGCAUCGUGGCCCUCGUAGACAGUGGGCCCCAGGCCCCUCAGACACAGCUCUACAGGUGUUGGCUAACACAGACCUCCUCUCCUCUGGGAGUCUGGCAACCACAGGCCAGACACAUUCAGAGAACAGAGAGCGGAGACGAUGGGACAGGAGUCCACCAGAGAAGCUACUGAGACUGUUAGAGAAAGCCCAGCUCUCCACUGCUUUCAGAACCUACUCCAUACACACAGAAGGUGAAGACCCUCUGGUAGGCCCCCUGUCCCGGGGAGGAAGGGACGACACAGACGGACCGACAGCUGGACAGACAGAGGAUGAAGAACGGCUGCAACCACGCUCUGACGACGAGGAUACAGACUUUGAAGAGGACUGUCCCUGUGACUGGAUGGAGGAACUGGAGCAGAUGUCUAUGGACCACUGAUACCUAGCGGUCUACCUAGCGGUCUGCCUAGCUAGCGGUCUGCCUAGCUAGCGGUCUGCCUAGCUAGCGGUCUGUCUAGCUAGCUAGCGGUCUGCCUAGCUAGCGGUCUGUCUAGCUA